AGCCACUGUCAGGCUUCUCGCCGCAGCCCCGCCGUCGUCUCCCCAUCCCCGCGCCCUGCAGAGAUGGCCGCCCGCCGCAGCAGCUCCCGCACCCUGGCCUGCCUCUUGCUCGCCGCCGCCGCGUCGGUCGCCGCGUGGUCGGCCUCGGCCGCCUUCGUGCCCGCCGGGGCCCAGCGCGCUGCCGCCGGCGCCGCCGUGGUUGCCGCGCUCCUGAGCCAGCAGGUGCAGCCGGCCCUCGCCAAGGACGUGCUGCUGUCUGCGACCGCGGACCCGGCCGAGCAGAUUGCGGCGCCGCUGAUCGACAACUCGAACCUGGUGAAGGGCGUGCCGUUCGCAGGGGAGAACGCCCCGCGGUAUGCGCCCCAGACCACCCAGUCCGAGGACGAGCUGCUCUUCAGGGGCAACAACGGCAUCAACGUGCUGGAGUAUGUGCGGGCGAAGAACGGCUGGGUGGGCCAGAUGCAGUUCGACUCUUCGGCGGAGGAGGAGUCCGCGAACAAGCUCCUGGAGAAGCUGCGCUGAGCAGGCGAGGCGCGCGGGGUCCACUUCGGUACGAUCGAUUCGAGUCGGCGUCGACAUCGGCGGCAACAUACGGCUCGGUGUUCGACACUGGGCGCCCUCUUGGUGGCCCCUCUCUCAGAGGAUGGGCUGGGGUCUAAGUUGCUUUGCUUGCUUCUUGGCGAGAGGCGACCACGAAUGAUCUCAUGCAGCAGCCCCGCUGGGCGGAGCUAUGAUUAGCGGCAGAGGCGGGCGGGCGCGAGCAAGCCGGAGGUUUUUCAAUAUCCACGCGGGCCUGGCGGACCGAUCCAGAAAUCAGCUCAGCCGGAGGAAGAUGGAGAUCGGCGGCGCACCCAGUGGGGAAGGCAGAUGGGGGGGGUGCUCGGGAGGCUCAGCAAGGCCUCUGGUCGCUGGAGAAGCUUUCUGAGUCUUGUCUGACGCCACAGGGGGCUGCUCAGGCGACAGGGUGGCUUCUGAGAGAUCCUGCCGCCCUCUGAGAGGGCCCGCCGCCUCUCGGCUCCCCCCCCUGGGCGCGCCGCCGAGGUGACGACGGGGA